AAAAAGUCAAAGAAGAGGAAAUAAUAAAAAGAAAAUAAAAGUAAGUAAUUCCACAUUUCUAAUUGGGAUUUAUGAGUUAUGGUUCCAAAACCUUAAUGGACUGACAAAAGCUAUUACAAUUAGCACAAAGAUUACCCAAAUUGGCGUUUAAACCCAGCAAACAAAAGCAAAAUUCAUACGGGAGAAGUCGUCAAAUCGGUAAAAAUCAUGGAGGUGGAGCUCAAAGAAUUGCUGAGUGAUCUCCAUUCUCUCAAGAAAUCAAUCUCAGAUCCUUCCCAUCUUGCUCUAAUCGAAAAGAUGCAUUUGCAUGCUGAAAACAUCGCUACUCUUGAGAAGUCAGGAACUACUCGCCGUUCAAAAGUCAAGGACAUGAGUGCUGAAGUUGUUGAUAGCAAUCCCUAUAGCAGGCUUAUGGCACUCCAAAGGAUGGGUAUUGUGAAUAAUUAUGAAAGAAUAAGAGAGUUCUCAGUUGCCAUUGUUGGCAUAGGUGGUGUUGGCAGUGUUGCUGCUGAGAUGCUGACAAGGUGUGGCAUUGGUCGUCUUUUGUUGUAUGAUUAUGACAAAGUGGAGUUAGCUAAUAUGAAUAGGCUAUUUUUUCGCCCAGAGCAGGUUGGUAUGACAAAGACAGAUGCUGCUGUACAAACUCUUUCAGAGAUAAAUCCUGAUGUUGUGCUUGAGAGCUACACGUUGAAUAUAACAACUGUGGAAGGUUUUGACACAUUUAUGUCAAGUCUUACAAAUAAAUCAUUCCAGCCAACUAAGAGUGGUAGUGGGGUUGACCUCGUCUUGAGUUGUGUAGAUAAUUAUGAAGCAAGGAUGGUGGUAAAUCAGGCCUGCAAUGAAUUAAACCAAACAUGGAUGGAAUCUGGUGUAUCUGAAGAUGCUGUGUCGGGUCACAUACAAUUACUGAUUCCUGGUGAAACUGCCUGCUUUGCAUGUGUGCCUCCUCUGGUUGUAGCAUCUGGAAUUGAUGAACGGACCCUAAAGCGUGAAGGGGUUUGUGCUGCAUCUCUACCUACUACAAUGGGAGUUGUAGCUGGACUUUUAGUUCAAAACACAUUGAAAUACUUGUUGAAGUUUGGACAGGUGUCAUGCUAUCUGGGGUACAAUGCCCUCAAAGAUUAUUUUCCAACAAUGGAGAUGAAGCCAAACUCACAAUGUUCAAACGCUGCUUGUUUGGAACGACAGAAGGAAUACAUUCUUGCAAAGCCUACUAGGGAUGCUGCUGCUAAAGCAAAGGCGGACAUAGAAGCAUUAUCACCUGCAGAAAACCCUGUUCAUGCAGAUAAUGAAUGGAACAUAAGCGUUGUAGAUGAUGAAGAGGUGGAUGGUUCUGACGUGAAAAUUUCAGGUGUCCUUCCUGAAGGUAUUGUUCAUGAGCUGCCAGUAGCUGAUGAAUACCCAAAACCACCUGUCACAGAAACAGUUGGUCCUGCGGAUGACCUUGAAGAGCUCAGAAGGCAACUUGAGGCUCUUAACGCUGAUUAGAUUACUGAAAUACAAAAAGAGAAUCUCUUGUUGUAGAGAAAAGGAGAACUUGGUUGCAUGAUGUUCGUGUAAAAUUUCCUUGCUUUGGAGAAAAAUUAGGCUUGCUGGAGUGAGCUUGAUGCAUUUGGGAUUUUGGAGGCAUUUUUAAUGCUAGUUUUUUGUCUGAAUGAAUAGACAGUGAGAUGUUCCUAUUCCCAGCAUGUGGGAUUGAGGCGAUGAACUAGUCUAUAUUGCAGCAGCUUACUGACAGCGAUUAGAGCUAAUGUUGUAUUACUAAAAGGUUAAUCAAAUAUUGUCAUCAUCUCCUUUCUAGCAAUUUUGGAUCCCUGAAGGUGCUAAAUUAAUGAAUACAUUCUAUACAAUGUUUCAGUAUUCUUUCUUUUUC